AUGACGCAGUGGGACUUCGCGGCGGACCUGCACACCCGACGAUCGACGUCAGGCUUCUUCUACAGCCUCGGCUCAGCAGCCAUCAGCUGGACCUCCAAGAGGCAGCCCUGUGUCACGCUCUCAUCCACAGAGGCCGAAUACGUGGCUCUGACCCAGUCAGCCCAGGAGGCCAUCUGGCUGCGUUCCCUAAUGAAGGACCUAAGCCACCCACAGGCUGUGCCAACAGCCAUACACGAGGACAACAAGGGCGCUAUAGAUCUGGCCAACAACCCUCAGCACCACUCUCGCACUAAGCAUAUCUCUCUUAAGUGGCACUUCAUCCGAGAGAAGGUUGCAGAAGGGACCGUCAGCCUUAUCAAGAUCGAAGGCACCAAGCAGCCUGCUGAUGGGCUCACCAAGGCCCUGCGGCCCCUGCCACGAGAUGCCUUCCUCCGUUUCCGGGACUCUCUAGGCGUCAAGUCCGAUUAG